GACUCCACUCCGUCUAGACGCUCGAGUUGUGGCAGUGACGUACGCCCUGGCCGAGGCCUGCAACGCGCUAUUUCUCGUCUCCAGCCAGUUUCCGGGUCUGGCGGCCGGGUCGUCUGCCCCGAAACCCAGCGGCCAGGGUUCGCCGGGGACGAUGACCUCUUCGGGUCUGGUCUUGUCCCAGUCUCCGGUCUCGUCGUCAUUGCCUCACGCGGUCGGGCUGCCCGAUCUCGCUUCUGCAUUGAUGCUGCAUCUCAGUCCUGGAAGCACGAAAAUUGUACCUUCUUCACAGCCGCCCCUGCAGACGUCAGGGCCAGGCCAUCCUGGUCUGGUGUCCGGGGCUGUGCCCCCACCCCACAGUCUGGCCGGAGCCCAGUCGUCCGCGAGUGCGGCCAUGCUUUGGUCCACUCUUCGCGCAUCCUUCACCUUCUCCUCGUCGGUCGCAUCUGCCGCUGGUCUGGGCGGUUUGGGCAGUCGGUCUUGGCAGACAAUUCUCACUCGUCAGCUCCUUCUCGACUGGGACAUGUGGGCCACUGUACCGCCUGUCGUCGGGCUGGAGCACUCACGCCGCCUGCUAUCGGCCGUCCGGCACAACCGGCGCUUCUUCCGCUCCCUCAUCCGCGUCGGGAGAGUUUUCACUGUCGUUGAAUUGAACUAUUGGUAG